AUGACCUCCAUCGUGACUGCCAGAGAUGCGCCUGUGCAUAUGGCCCCAGAUGAGUCCGACCUACUAGAUGCCCCACUAAGCCCGAUGCAGGAAAGCGCCGCAGCGACCCCACGGCGGGGCCCACCGCCUAGCAGCACGCAAGCUACGUUGAUUCAGCCGUUGAUUCCUGUCUCGACUCGGUUCUGGUUUGGCGUGUUCCGCGAUACCAUGCCAGAUGCCGACAGCCUCAACGAGCGCGAUGGCAUGGGCUGUGCACGCCUGCCAACCGACCUCCCCGCCGAUGCGCGGCCUGGCAAACUGCAGUGGUUCUGCAUUGAUGAGGACCUCGUAUACCUGAGCUUCUCGAACGACUGGGGUCCCCUGAACAUUGCCAUGUUUUACCGAUUCUGUGUCCACGUCCACCAAAUGCUCAUUGAUCCCGAGACGCAGGGAAUGCACCUGGUCCUGUACACCACUACACACCCUCACCAUAAGGCGAAUGCUGCGUUGCUGUGUGCAUUGUACGCGAUGACCAUUGACCACUUGACACCGGCGGAUGCAUUCUACCCGUACAGCGAGAUGGAGUUUAUGCCGUUCCGCGAUGCGGGCUAUGGACGUGCUGACUACAGUCUGACGAUCCAAGACAUCCUCUAUGGUAUGCGCCGGGCCUUGGAUCAUGGCCUGCUGGACCUGACGACAUUUGACUUGGAGUCGUACGAACAUUACGAACAGGUCCAGAACGGCGACUGGAACUGGAUCACGCCGCAUUUUCUUGCGUUUGCGAGUCCCAAAGACCGUGCGUUUAUGGCGUCACUGGCUGCGGCUGGCCCAGCCGCCGCGGCAAGUGCGGCCAAGCGUAUGCCGGUCAAUCCAAUGCUCCAAAGCACAGUCAAGUACUUCCAGGAGCACAACAUCUCGUUGGUCGUGCGGCUGAACAAUGCAUUGUACCAUCGCUCCGUGUUUGAGAAUGCAGGUAUGCAACACAAGGACCUGUACUUUGACGACGGCUCGAAUCCGUCGGAGGACAUCAUUCGUACGUUUAUCCACGAAGCCGACCGCGUCAUUUCGCAAGGCGGCGCAAUUGCCGUGCACUGCAAGGCCGGACUGGGUCGGACAGGUGUGCUGAUCGGCGCUUAUCUGAUUUGGAAGUACGGCUUCUCAGCCAGUGAAGUGAUUGGAUACAUGCGCCUCAUGCGUCCUGGUUGUGUGGUCGGUCCCCAGCAGCACUUUAUGUACGAAAACGCCACGACGUGGAUGCGGUGGGGCGUCGAAGAUCGCCUUCGUGCACAGUGGGCCAAGGAAGCUACGCCCUCGCCUGCCUUGCCUGUGCCAGAGACGCCGGCCAAGGUCGAGGCGACGACAACUUCCCUGCCGCACAUCAAGCCCACGCCAUGUGUCGGCCAGCCCCGCAAAAGCCCUAGCCCGAAACGCCGCCGUGUUGGCAUGGCCGCCCUGGCUACGACCGAGACGCAGGCGACGCAUACCCCUUCUUCCGCGGCGGUGUCCAUGCCCGCCGCACGUUCGCGUGUCGUCUCGGAUGAAAAGGAUGCCGAGUCGGUGGAGGCGCAGCUCAAGACACCACGCACCGAUGCCGAGGUGCUGGGCGUCGUAGAGCGUACGCCGUCAUCCACAGCGGCCUCGCGCGUACACGACGAAGCUCGUAUGCCUCGCGCGACCGCGCUGUCCACGCGCUCACCACGCCGAGCGAUGGCGCCAGCGCAGCCUACCGCCACAUCGACACGCUCGACGCUGCCGAGUCCCAAGGCCGUGGCGCCUCGCAGUGCGACGCGCAUCACGCCACGGCCCGGCUCGGAAAACAGACCGCCGACGGUGCGAAACCUGUCGCGCGCCUCGCCACGCGCUCGUCCUUAG